UUGCAAGGUAUAGAGAUGGCACCAAAAAGAGAACCAUCAAUCAAGAAGUCUCCAUCGGGCGGAACAUUACCAAGACAUGGACCGCCGUUUCCUUGCCCAACCACGACACCUUCGCCCCCCAAACCAGCUCCUGAGUUGAAACCACGGAUGUUACGUCCCUCUGACUCCCCCUUUGACCCCAACACAUUAGAGAUUGAGUUUAACUUGGAGCAAAUACAUGAAUUCAAAGAAGCCUUCCUUCUGUUUGACCGCACGGGAGAUGGGAAGAUCACCUACAGUCAGUGUGGGGAUGUGAUGCGUGCUCUGGGCCAGAAUCCUGUCAAUGCUGAGGUGCUCAAGGUCCUGGGAAACCCAAAGGCAGAGGAGAUGAACCAUAAAUUGUUGGACUUUGAACAGUUCCUGCCCAUGCUCCAGGCCAUCGCUAAGAACAAAGACCAGGGCACGUUUGAGGAUUUUGUAGAGGGGCUAAGAGUAUUUGACAAGGAAGGCAACGGCACAGUCAUGGGUGCUGAGCUCCGCCAUGUUCUCACCACACUGGGCGAGAAGAUGACCGAGGAGGAGGUAGAAACACUUCUAGCUGGACACGAAGAUGCUAAUGGUUGCAUCAAUUAUGAAGCCUUCGUUCGUCACAUCAUGUCUGGCUGAGAGAUGUCUCGGGUAACUCGUCCGCAUGGUCAUGAGCGGUUGAAGAUAAAGAAUGCAACCCAUUUGUUGGUCUUAUUUUCUAUGUAAUUUCAUAUAUAUAUUUUUUCCUAUUCAUUCCAUCAUGUUCAUUUGCUUAUUUGCCACAGUCCUCCUCUUGGGUUUGCACUCAUUUGGGUAUUAUUAUUAGAAGUGCCUUUUAUCUUCUUUAAGUUCCCAUAUGAUUGUCCCCAAGAGACGUGCAUCCUAUCCUGUGGUAUUCAAACCAUAUAGCGAUAUGGAAAAGAUCUCUUGUGUGCUGACAAUGUCUGCAAUAAAAGCUCAUGAUGCAGCACAUUAGCAGUGUGUAUGCAAUAUCCAGUGUAUCCUCAGGCAUCUCUGGUGGACAGUGCUGUAGUACAAACGUUGUUUGUGGCCAGACUUUUUUUUUUUUUUGUUUUUUUUUUUGGCCUUUUCAGAAUGAGAAGUUACCUUUUUCAAAUUGAGAAAUUAUGAAUCAGAAAUGCAAUAACAUUUACUGUAUUAAUUAUCUUGGAAUGUUCUUGCUGUCCAAUAAAGUACAUUUUAAACAGAUAA